AUGUGCUCACGAAUAACAUCUGGAAAAUCAGUCGACAUUACCCCAAUUGUUACACGAGCUAAAGACGGUUAUGAAAUACCCGAGGUUGGGGCUGGAGGUGGAAAAGGCGACCUUGAGCAGAGCCACGAACUCGAACUGCCAGACGACGCAACCUUUCAGCGUUUUCUAGACCUGUGUAAGGAGCAGAUAAAGGAGCCAGACACAAGAGACUUGGUAGUCUCAACUCUAUCCAGGGCGUACGAGUCUACAAGAGCAGCUAUCUCCUUGGGUGAAUAUGGAUUGAAAGAUGAAGAAGAGAUCACCCUUGCAAAGCUUGUCACUACCAUAGGACACGGCCUGAAGCAGAAGGAAAAGGAGUCCCUGCCAAAUACCAUUGUAAGCAUGCAUAGUUUACCUGUCUUACCUACCCCCUUUCACAAGCAAUUACAACUAACCUUCUCAAUGCAGAAGUUUCCUUACUCUCGCCACUCCUGCUACUCUGAACUAUGCCAGCUCGUAGGAGCAUUUAGGCCUAGGGACAUAUACCCAUGUACAGUUGACCCCCUUACCUGGACCGAGGAAGUCUCCAUGCGGUCCCUGUUCGGCCAUUUGUGUUCAAGUAGCACAUUCCGUCAUGACAAUAUGAUGCGAGAAGGAAACCCUCGGCCCUCAAAGCGUCAAAGACGCGCAAGUGAUGCUCAAUCAGAAGUACCCUCCAGCCAGCCAUCAACCAUAGACUCGCAACACAAACUCGAGCUGCAGCUAUCCUCAAGCCAGCCGCAGGAGGACAUCAACCAUCCUUCUCAAACCGGCGAGCAGGAAGACCUCGAAGAUUCCCUAGCAGACUAUCCCACCUCGUUCCCAACGCAGUUGACUGCGCAAUCAUCAGAGUCUCCGGCAACGAGGCUCAAGGCAUUAAAGCAAGCUAUGCUUGAAGACUACCAGGAUGACGAAAUUAACUUCCUCUUGCCUUCUUUUACCGAUUCGCAGCCGGAUGUUGAGCCGACUUCGCACCAGCUGCAUGUAUCUAAGGAUUCGGAGGAGGCCCAAAUACAUUCUCAGUCCUCGGUUUCUCAGCGAGACCUGCAAAUCGAGCAGGAAGAGCUAGACUUGCAGCUUAGCUUGUGUGUUUCUCGCACAUUCACCACAACUACUAACGAAGAAGAUCUGGAGGAGGAGGAGGAAGAGGAGGAUGAAAAUACUAAUAACGACGGUGAAAGCAUCGUUUCUCUAUCGUCCUCUGCAUUCUACUCCCAACCCCAGCCGCAGUCUCAAGUUAUAAUUGUGAAACAGACGGAGAAUUGCAAUGGAGAUGCGGCAGAUACCGUCUUAGUUCCUUCAUCGGCCCCCGGCCCGGAGACAGAUCUUGACUCUAGUCCUCAUGGACCCUGCAAAUCCGAAGCCAGCUCGCGUGCCAGGAAAGAGCUGCGGGUGGCUGCGUAUCGAGCCGCGAAGAAAGGAACAUACCAGGCCUGGACGAAUACGUGUCCGUUGAUAAGUGUGGAUAACCAUACUCAUCCGGAGAUAGAGUUGUGA